GCUGUGAGAGCCAGAGCAGAGCUCACCCACAGACCACAGCCACAGAGCUCCCACUGCAGUUCAGAGGAAAACCUCAUACAGAAAUCUAUACUGGAAGAAGAAACUGCUACCUCACAAGACAAGAAGAAAACACUGAUCAGGUAAAUACAGAAGGGGGAUCUCUGCUUUUUCUUCGCCCAACAGAACUUCCAGAGGACACAGCUCUUUGAAUUCUACUUCGGGAGUCCAUUUAACAAUUUGUCUAACUCAUUUUGCUUUCUGGAACACAACUUUGCGUUUUUAAAAGUUUGACAUACCGGUCUGGAUUUUUACCAUCUGUCUCCUUUGGCAGUUCUGGCAACAACUGCCUCUGAUUUUUUCCAACAUAGUGUGUUUGUGUCUUUGGGUGUGUGACCCUCUCUUCUUGACUGACAGAGUGAAAUGUACAUGAGUGAACUAACAGGUCAUCAGAUGUAAGUGCACAUAUAAGUGAAUGCAAAUUGUUUUAUUUUUUUAAUCUACGCUACCAAAAUUUAAUUUUGCAUGUGACUUAUAGAUCUCAGUUCUUAUUUUUUCAUCUUGAGUUGUCAUAUUACAAAAACUGCCGAGACAGAUUUUUUAUUUGCAAUAAAGGAUCACUUUUCACGCUACAGUAAUACUACGAAAAGGGAAAUUGCGCAGAAAGUUGCAAGCUCAAACCUUUAUUGAGAUAUACUGGAGAAGUUUUUCCUCACUGAAGUCUCGGCACCGUCGAAUACCGGUCUUCACCUCAGGAUGGCUGGCUGUACCAGCCGCUGCAGGCAGGGGGUGCAAAAAUUAAUCCAGUCGCUGCAGAGAUUGGUCUCAGGAACCCUGGUCAAAGAUAAAACAGAUGAAGAGCUCGAGAUGACAAUGGUGUGUCACAGGCCAGAGGGUCUUGAGCAACUGGAAGCCCAAACUAACUUCACCAAACAGGAGCUACAAAUCCUGUAUCGUGGUUUUAAAAAUGAGUGUCCAAGUGGUGUGGUAAAUGAGGAGACAUUUAAACACAUUUAUGCACAGUUCUUUCCUCAUGGAGAUGCAAGCAUGUAUGCACAUUAUCUUUUCAGUGCAUUUGACACUACAAAUAAUGGCUCCAUUAAGUUCAAGGACUUUGUAAUGGGAUUGUCCAUAUUAUUGCGGGGUACUCUGAGGGAAAAGCUGGAGUGGACAUUUCACCUGUAUGACAUUAACAGAGAUGGCUACAUAAGCAGAGAGGAAAUGACAGAAAUUGUGAGGGCCAUUUAUGACAUGAUGGGAAAGUACACCUACCCUGCACUAAAAGGAGAUGUCCCACAGCAGCAUGUGGAUGCCUUUUUUCAGAAAAUGGAUAAAAACAAAGAUGGAGUGGUGACUUUAGAGGAGUUUAUUAUUGCCUGCCAGGAGGAUGAAACCAUGAUGAGAUCCAUGCAGCUGUUUGAAAAUGUGAUGUAGGAUAAACAGAGACGAUGGAGACAAAGUUGU